CAGCAUUUUAUCAUGUUUUGACCCAUUUUCUUUUCUGUGCGAAGACAAAUUUAUGUAUUAAUAAUGAAUUAUCUUUAAAACUGAAGAAUUUUGGUAGUUUUUUAUAGCAAUUCAAUUUGGGUUAGCUUGUUUUGUUGUUCGCAUUGCGUCGAAUAGAAAUUGGGCAAUUCAGGAGGGAUGCAUUAACAUGACACGACGAUAACAUAAAGCAAGCUGAUAGGGAAAAAAUGAGGGAGAAUGGAAGGUUUUGAAAAUGCUGUGUCCUGUGUGCACUUGAGCCACAUGACUAUUAUUCAUUAAAAAUUCAAUAUGCAACAGUGGGUGAUAGCAGAUAAUUGCCAGUUUAGUCCGAGAUCACUAGUUGGUUUAUGGACUAGUUGGGCUGGCCUUGUUACCUGACUUGGUAGGUAUUAAGCUGUUAUAAGCAAAAGGUUUUAGUCUUUGUCUAAAAGAAUGUACAGAGCUUCUGGUGACAGUUAAUUGCACUUUUGUUUUUGAGAAUGUGUUGAUCUUCACUUUUGCAUUAUAUGAAGAUUGUGUUUAUUUUUUAUGUUUUCUAUGAGAUUCCAGCUGGGUUUUUGCACCUUUUUUUUUCCCCAAAUGACAUUCCUUAUUAUUAUUAUUAUUAUAUGAGACACAACACUAUUAAUUUCUAUGAAAGCAGUACAUUAGACAUCAUGGAAUUGGUGACUGUGAAGUUAGGGAAAAGGGAUGAAGAACUCUUCAAGUUGGAUGUUUAACAGAACUAGCUGUCUUUGUGGAAGCUGUACCUGACAUAGGUAGCAAAUUAGCAAUCAAAUUAAGUUAGAUAGUGUUUAUAGCCAUUCAUGCAUAUUGUCGUGUAUUUGCCUUUGAAAAUCUAUAUAAAUAAUUGUCCCUCUGUCUUUCUUGUUUUGGAGCAAUUGACAUUGAAGAAAAGAUUUUUUUGCUAAUUGAUCAAUUGCUUGAGAUUCUUAUAAAAAGUUGUCGAGGAUUUAAUAAUGGAAAUGAAUUAUAUUUCAUCUGUCAUUUCUCAACAUGGGGAUUUUGUAUUAAGUUAUAUCAAUCAAUCAUUUACUAACUUUUGUUGUUCAAAGUUAUUCAAAGAUGGAUUUGGGGGUUUCUGAGACAAAUGAAAAAGAAACAAGUUAUCUUCAGAGAAAAUGUGGUUCUACUUUUGCUGGAGCAUUUGACGUUGACUUAGAAGGUGAUAGAGAAUUACAAGCCAGAGGUAAUGUUCAUGAAACCUCUGUGGCUUCUGUAGAAUUGCUAGUGGAUUCAAACCAGCUGGGCAUAAGCUCGUCUUCCUCACCCGAUGAUCUUAGACUUGAGAGAUCAGGAUCCCCUUGUGACAAAUCCCAUUUAUUUCCAACUGAAUCUUACUAUGAUCAGGAGAAUUCACAACCUCCAUUUAAAAAUGAAGAUUGCCAAGGUGAAAUUGAUGAGUUAAGUGGCAGUUAUAUUCAUAAAUCCUCCUUCCAAUUUAUGGAAAAAACUUCCCACAGUGAAAGAGGAACUGAAGAUUCUGCUUGUUCACAUGAGUCUCUUAUAACAGUAUAUGACAAGCAGACAGAGAAAAUGGAGGGCAUAUCCAGCUUAGAUAGGUUAAACACUACUUCUAAUGAGGAAGAAGUGAUUAUCUUUCAAGAAAAGCCAUGCGGGCAGGAGACUGAACCUAAUGACCAAAACUAUGAUUCGAGGAACUCCCUGACUGCAACAGAGAGGUUGGUUGUAAAGCAUUCCCAUUCACAUCCAAAUUCUUCUGGAAACACUCCCAGACAUUCAACAUCACUGUCAACGCUAAGACAAAUGUCAGUUUCACCAGAAAGGUCCUCACACAUACAGCAGUCUCUGAGUGGCCAUGGGCCACUGUCUUCUCAAGAAGGUGCUAUAGAGCCAUCACAUCCACCAUCAUCAAGUAGGCAUAGAAAAUCUUCUCAUGAAAGGUCAAACAGACGCAGUCAUGGACAAUCUUCAUUGCCUAAACGGCCUGAUCAAGCUAACAAAGUCCCAGCUCAGGAUAAUGUAACUAGUAAGCAAACAGCCGUCCCUCCACAAAGGUCUCAGCAUAAGGACAGUUCUUAUCGGAAACGCAAAUCUGUGUCACCAGCAUUCCAAAUUUCACCCAGAAAAUAUGGAAGGCUAGAGAGGUCAGUGUCGCCAUCACCUGUUAGGCAAAGGGAUUCAUCUUCUCGAUACAAGAAAGAUCAACAUGGAAGAUCUCCAACAAGAUCCCAAUAUACGAGAGAUCGCUAUAGAUCCUCAAGGAGGAAGUAUUCUCCAAGCCAGAGAUCUUCUCCAGGAUGUCACUCUAGUCAAUAUUCUCCUCGACGUAAACCUUGGGUUCCUCCUCCCAAUAGAAGAACAGGAUUGGGUAAGCUUGGAAACAAUUUAUUUGUUGCAGGAUUUAGCUUUUUGACAACAGAGAGAGAUUUGGAAAGGAAAUUUUCUAGGUAUGGCCGCGUGCAAAAUGUUCGUAUAGUGCGAGAUAAGAGGUCAGGAGAUUCUCGUGGAUUUGGAUUUUUAUCAUUGGAAAGGGAUGAAGAUGCAGAUGCAGCAAUCAGAGCCCUCGAUGAGACUGAAUGGGAUGGCAGAAUUAUCCUUGUUGAGAAAUCAAAAUCUCAUUGAAGCCUCACAUCUUAUAACUCAGCCCUGAAUAUAGCCGGUAAAAAAAAUUUUAGUUGAAACAGAUGAUAUGAAUGACUUUAGAGCACAUGGUAAAAUCCUUAGAGCAAAAGGUCAUUGAUUUUUGCAAUCUCUCUUCUAUAUUUGACUGUAUUAGACCUUUUUGCAUGUUCCAAUCCAAAGAGAAGUCUUAAUAUAUAUUUUUCAGUUCAGAACUGCUGCAA